UUGUCGAGGGCAUGUCUUUCCCCACAGAACUUCUGAAAGCGAUCAAAUGUGACGGCGCCGAGGAAAGAAAGGCCCGAGUCCAAGUUCGCCAAUUCGAUGCAUGAUAUUUUUGCCCCCCACUUCAACUGGAGACUUUUUGCGUGUCCGACAGCCACAGGCCAGUUCCAGCACCAGCGUUUCUACCACCUGCAGUGACUCACGGCCAGCUCGAGGAUUGUAUAUGACCGAGUGUCCCGAGUACUAGCUAUUCAGCAGCAGCAAGUUGUCAGAUUGAAUCCUGCCAGUGGCACACUCUCGGCUUUGACCUUUGUCCUUCGGUGCCAUCCCGACUGCGGCAUUUUCCAUCUCAUCUGCGCUGACUGGCAACUCUCCCUCAAACAGUCGCAAAGAUGCCUAUGCUUCGUGAACCCUGGAAGAAAUACCGCAAGUUUAAACCCCUCGAUCUGCCGAACAGACAAUGGCCGAACAAGACCAACGACAAGCCUCCGCGGUGGCUUGCUACCGACCUGCGGGAUGGUAACCAGAGCUUGCCAGAUCCCAUGGAUGGCGACCAAAAACUCCGCUUUUUCAAGAUGCUCGUCGAAUUGGGCUACAAAGAGAUUGAAGUGUCCUUUCCAUCGGCCUCGCAGACAGACUAUGACUUUACGAGAUACCUGGUCGAAACGCCCGGUGUAGUCCCGGACGACGUGUGGUUACAAGUUUUGUCCCCGUGCCGAGAGGACUUCAUUCGGCGAACGGUCGAGUCCUUGAGAGGCGCCAAAAAAGCGAUUCUUCACUUAUACCUUGCCACGAGCGACUGCUUCCGGAGAAUCGUGUUUGGGAUGACCGAGGACGAAAGCGUUGCCUUGGCCGUUAAAUGCGCCAAACUCGCUCGAUCCCUCACCAAAGACGACCCCAGCCAGGCCGGGACGGAAUGGCUGUUUGAAUUUAGCCCCGAGACCUUCUCUGACACGUCUCCGGAGUUUGCUGUGCGGAUUUGCACCGCUGUAAAGGAAGCCUGGGAACCCACCGAAGACGCCAAAAUCAUUUUCAACCUCCCAGCGACCGUCGAGAUGUCGACUCCCAAUGUUUUCGCCGACCAGGUCGAGUACUUCUGCACCCAUAUGACCGAACGUGAGAAGAUCUGCGUCUCAGUGCAUCCCCACAACGAUCGGGGUUGUGCUGUUGCUGCUGCAGAGUUGGCCCAGAUGGCUGGCGCAGAGAGAGUCGAAGGCACACUGUUCGGAAACGGAGAGCGCACAGGAAACGUUGAUCUGGUCACUCUGGCCCUGAAUCUCUACACCCAGGGCGUUUGGCCGGAAGUCGACUUCAGCGACAUCAACAAGGUCAUUCGGGUGUGCGAAGAGUCUACCAAGAUUCCGGUCAACGAGCGAUGGCCAUACGGCGGGCAGUUGGUUGUCUGCGCGUUCAGCGGCUCCCAUCAAGAUGCGAUCAAAAAGGGGUUCCAACUCCGGAAAGCCAAGGGGUUGGGCGCGGAAGAUCAAUGGGAGAUUCCAUAUCUGCCACUCGAUCCUCAGGACGUGGGUCGAACCUACGAAGCAGUCAUUCGAGUCAACUCACAAUCCGGCAAGGGCGGUGUCGCCUGGAUUAUCCAGCGCAGUCUCGACCUGGACUUACCUCGUGGCCUCCAGGUUGCCUUCAGCAAGAUUGUGCAAAGGGAAGCGGAUGCCAAGGGCCGGGAGUUGCUCCCGCGGGAGAUCCAGGCGCUCUUCGAAGAGUCGUACCAUCUCAAAAAGAACCCUAGAUUUACUCUUGUUGACUACAACAUCACGGCGGUGCGGACUGCGUCUCCUGCUCCACCAGCGAAGUCGUCGGUCGGUCAACCGCCACAGACGGUGGCGCCCGCACAAAACACGUCCACCGCUAAACGUCAAUUUGCAGGCAUCAUCGCCAUUGAUGGGAUUCAACAUCCUGUGGUGGGUGUGGGCAAUGGUGCCAUCUCAUCCUUGGCCAAUGCUCUCCACUCCUUGGGCAUUGAUCUUGAUGUCGCCGACUACAAGGAACACGCCAUUGGUGAAGGUCGUGAAGUGAAGGCUGCGACGUACAUAGAAUGUACGGCCAGCGGGUCACAGGAGAAAGUCUGGGGCGUGGGCAUCCACGAGGACGUUGUCCAGGCUUCGUUGAUUGCGCUUUUGAGCGCCGCAAGCUCGUUCUUGACAUCCCGGGUGUCGACGCCGGUGCCAUUCAAACCUAAGCACACGCGACAAUUUUCCGAGGCCGAGAUGGAGGCUUUGGAAAGAUUAAACUUGGGAGGAUCGGACACUCCCAACAGCCCAUUGCGGUCGUCCGUGACAGUCGAUUCCCAUCCCGCGCCGUCCAAAUUGAACAUGCAAACCAAUGCAGGCAGCGUGUCGGCCAGCAAGAUUGACAUUGAUCUGUUGGAAAAGAAGGCCCAAGCCAUCAAUGGCCAGGCUGAAAACGCAUAAAUGACCGGACUCGGACCUGCACAUAGUGUGUUUCUUGACACAAAAGCACACUACGAGGUGGAUCAAAUACUUUGAUGACCAAAAAAGUGAAACGUUUACUGUUAUACGUGGCUGAUGUGGUGCCACGAGAUACUGGUAUGCCACGGACUUUUUGUAUAGUUCCAGUUCCUGCAAGUCAUGGGGUUCAUGUGCCAUCCGUGACUGAAAAGCACAAGACAUAUUGUAUCUCGCCAACCAAAAUGACCUUGAAAACAAGGAAUUACUAUUAGACUGACGAAACGAAAGGGUGGAAGCCCUUCACAUGUCAAAUUCAGAUCAUAGUAGAGUACCUAGACAAAAGUGUGCUUUCAUGUGACUAUCCCGUAGUCCAUCCUGG